GAACCCGGAAGUAAACAGCGGAACGGGGUCAGAGUGUUUCCUCGGGACGAGCAGCGGCUCUCGGACUCUUUCACGCACUUUUCCGCCGCUUCAGUCGAAGAUGUUUCCCGGUGCCGGUCUGGCUGCGCGCCGCCUCGCGCCGCUGCUGCUGUGUGUGUGCCUCGCGAGCCUCGGACACGGUCAAACCACUGCGCCACCGCCGAUCCCCUGCUCUUCCUACAGGACCUGUGACUCCUGCGUGCCCCACGCUCAGUGCCUGUGGUGCUUCUCCUCUGGGAACUGCACCGACUACCCGGUGAGCUGGCUGCUGCCCCCCGCCUCGCUCUGCCCCCUGUCCCAGGCCCGCUGGGGGGUCUGCUGGUUGAACUUCGAGGCCCUGAUCAUCGUCCUGGCCGUUCUGUGUGGAACCAUCAUCAUCAGCAUCACGGUCUGCUGCUGCUGCUGCUGCUGCUGCAAGAGGAGUUCACCACGGCCGGACCGAGACGAGGAGAACCUGGCUCGGAGGAGAGAGGAGAUCCGGCAGCGCUCGGAGGAACGGAAGGUGGAGCGAAAAGCUCGGCACGAUGAGAUCCGCAGGAAGUACGGUCUGAUCGGAGACGCUGACCACCCCUACAGCAAGUUUGAGAACGAGUGAGGCUCGUCCUCGGAGGACGUCCCCGGCCAGCAGCGUCCGGCUCUGUCCUCAGCCGUCCUCGGAGCCCAGCUCACAGCCUCUCUGACGUGACGUCCGUCCAGGACGUCCUCUGUGUCCCUGUCCCGGUGGUUGGGAGGAGGAUGAAGCUUCUCUUUGAAUCUGCUCCUGAAUGAUCUCUUCUACUUUGGUAUCGAUCACGUUGACCUUUGCACUUUGUACAGAAUGUGUUGAUUUUGGGGUGAUUGUCGUGGAAAAGCCUUGGCCUGAAUAAAUCUCUGCUCUUUUAGUGCCUC